AUGGAGAUCCAGCUAAACGCCGCGCCAGAUGAUGAUGACACGCCCGCAGCGUCUUCUACCAUUUCACCCGCCGUUUCUAUGGCGUUACUUCUCUCUAAUGAUGUGGAUACACCCCGUGACGCAAUUCAUAGCCCAUUGCGUUUCUCAAGUCUCAAUGAUAGCGCCUUAAGUGUUGAGUCCGAUACUUCAACACCCAAAAUACCCACAUUACAGACGCCUAAGCUGCAAACGCUACAAAAUCAGUUGCAUCGAGCACUUGAGAAGCUCUGGGGUGAAUCAGCACCAGCAGUGAAGCGCCAAAAAAAGGGUAAACAAAGCCGUCGAGCUAAAUCUGCAAUUAACAAUAGUGCAGAUGUAUACAAAACGCUCGAGCAGCUACAGUGUUCAAUUAGUGCUUCAUCUACGCCAAAGGCGCUUGAGGAUGUGAUCAUGAUUAGUUUGAGUGCUUUGGAGCUACUGGAUGAAAAGGAGACGAUUGUAGAGGAGAGCGAGAAAGGUGCCGAUGUGGCUGCAAUGCUGGCCAAAGUAUCGGGAAAACCCGUGUAUAUGCAACUAAUUCGUCUGCUUCAACGUGCUCUAACUUGUAUUGGUGAUCGAGAGGUUAAAGAGCUACUGACUUCAGUGUUGAAUUGGAGUUUAGCUAGACAAAAGCCCGAGCAUUGGAUGUGGGUAUUACCGGUUAGUGCGCCAUUAGAUUCGUAUUUAGUGCAUGAGUUUCUAGUGCGUCAAGCUAUUAUCAAGCCUGACGAUGUUAAGUGGUUGAUUCCGAUUUUGGAGUUCUUAACGAUAAAGAAUCCGGAUCAGAUGGUGGAUAUUGCCCAAGAAUUACUGCAAGAAUGCGCUAAAAGUAGUGCUGAUCGAGCAGUUUGGAUGGUGCAGCGACUGAUCACGUUAGCUACGGAGUCUGCUGUUAUUGUUAAGGCUUGUGAGAAUAGUCUGCAGUGGAUUGUCACGGAGGAACUUGUAACGUCACUUGCCUCCAAGUACGACGAAGCAAAAAAGAAUAGCAUGACUGAUGUGGAAUGGAAAAGGCUUGAUGAUCUCUUGCUUGAAUUUCUCCUUAAACGAAGCGCUGAGCUUUCGGAUUCUGCCUUCCAGCUUUUGCUGCUGUUGCACAAGCUAACUGAAGCCAAAAACGAAUCCUUAGCAGCUUCAGUGGCUUUGUUUCAUGAGCAAGUAGUCCAUUUUGCACGAUUAGAGCUGUCUUGUGAAUUUGUUCAAGGUAUCUACCGAUAUCUUCCCUACAUUUCUCGAACUUCUUUGCGUUUGCUUCAAGAGAUGACAACCUUAGAAGGAACACCCGAUUCGUGCAUGGCAGACGAUGAAAAAGUGUCGAAAGACGCUGCAUUUCACCACUUUAAAAAGUGGAAAGAGUGGCUUGUAUUGAUAGCGCAUCGCGUGUCACGAAAAGAAGUUACGGAGCAACUGAUUAAGGCUGAGCUGGUACGUGCAGAGUUUGAGGAAGUCCGACUCGUGUACUCUUUUGACAAAAUUUGCGACGCUGAUCGUGCACUUUGCGAGCUUUUAACAACGUUACUAACUCCAAAACCAAUCGAGUACGUGGCCUUUAUACGCGAUAUCUUGCAGCAAGGGAAGUCUGCUAGCAUAAAAGUUCAGAGGCGCGUUCUCGCAAUCGUCCAGAUGUUGUUGACGCUAAAUGACACCAAAUUCGGCAAUUCUGCGGAAAAUGAGCAGAACAUCACCCUUGACGACAAAAAAACGUCAAGCAUUGACAAACUUGCUCGGACCAUGAGCUGGAGUUUGACCUUAGAUGCCUUCAAUAUGUGGAAGGGCGAGACUGGUAUUGAGUUUUACGAAAGUUUUCUAGAUUUUGCUUGCUCAAAGGAUUUUACUGUCGCUUCCCGAGCGCUUUUACUAGUAUCAAGGACACCGUUUCUAUCACUCGAAGAUCCCAAAUGGCAAUUUCGUUGUGUCCGGAAGCUUUCACGCGUGUAUUUCUCGCAACUUCGACAAUAUCGAGUGAUUCUCGUACAAGAAAAAGAUGAAAGCUCUGGCGAUAAUAAGUCGCAGAAAAAUGCAAUACAGAGUCAUUUACACUCACUCAAGAUGGUUUUAUUCCGUGUACUGGUAAUGGAAGGUGGUAUUACGCACUACUCUUCAUCCGUUUACAGCAUUUUUGCAUCAUUAUGGCUCGAUGCGCUCCUCAGUACCAUAUCAGCGACAAGUGUGCCAACACAUUUUCCGAAUGGUGUCAAUUUUGCCCAUUUAAGUACAAAUGACGAAGACGAGCUGAACGAGCGUCAAAUAUUUCGCUGUGAACGAACAAUUAGUUCCAAAUGCACAAAUCUACAAUCGUCUCAAGUUAUCACGAAAAAUCCUGAUGCGAAGUUGGUGUAUCGUAAGACUUUAGACUCGUCCUGGGAGCGGGAAAUGCGCGCUGCUCGUGUGUGCAGUGUAUAUGCGACGGAUCUGCUUGCUCAGCUUUUUGCAUCUACAGGCACUCCUGCCACUAUAUUGGCUGACAAUCCAUCGCAAGUGAAAAUGGGGCUUUCUCCUGAUGAAGGGGCACUUCUCGAGCGUCGAUUGACAAUUAUUGUGAAUAUGUUAUUGGAACGCGUUAUCCCAUGCUGUGGAAUUACAAGUGAUGAAAUUUACAAGGAUUUGCUACCGAAUCGAUCGACUUUCGAUGUCGACUUGCGAAUUGAACAGUGGCUUAACCAUUUUCCGGCCUUCCUCCCAUUGUUGCGGAGUAUAGUCACGCCAGCCGUGGUUAUCGGCUCUUCGCAAUUAUUGCGACUUAUACCAAUUUUCAAGUCUGCUCUAGUAGUUUUGAUAGGUCACUGGAAUAGUGUCAAAGGAGACUUAAGUGGAAACAAUCUCGAUGUGCCUCCGUACAUGCGUAACGCAAAUCAAUUGACGCUCACGUGCGAGUUGAUACGGCUAUUACGUGCAACCAAUUGGUUACCAACGCAAUUGAGCAAGACUGCCGAGUUGCUUCCGCUGACAACACCGGCUGAUAUUCGCUCGAUUCUCUUCAGUUGUUGGUUUUACUUGUCGGAUCAUCCACCACGAUCGGGAUCACAUGCUCCUACACCUGCAACUUCGGCAGCGGCCUCGCCAAUCUCAUCCGGUUCUUCUCCCGCUGGCUUCAAUAUCACUGAUGUGUCGUUAAAUGGUUCAUCAAGAUCAAGCCAUCCGCCUCUCGAGUUCUACCUCGUUCCCCUGCGAAAAGCCCUGCAUCGCAACAUUCGGAAGAUUGGAGCCAAAUAUCCGCUUUUCAUGUGUUAG